GAAAACUGUUACGAAAUCUAUGCAUUCGUUAGUUGGUAAUAAUAUAUCAGGUGUACAAUCUAGAAUCAAAGUAGAAGGAGGUAAGACUGGUCUUUCAAUAGUCAAAAGACCAGGCACUUUGACUACUGUUGCCCGUACCCAGACAAUAUCUAUACCAAAGCCGGUAUUAAAAUUUUCAACAGCACCAACUGGAACAACCACAGUUAAAGCUCAAAUACCAAAACCAAAAGUACAAUUAACAUCUGGACAAACUAUGCCACUCAUGAAAAUAGAAACAGAUGAUUCUAUAAAAAGAAAAAGAGAAGAUGAUGAUUAUGACGUCCCAUAAAAGUAUAACAUAGAUAUAAUAUAUUUAUAUUUGUUUGUUAUAUAAUAACAAAACAUUUGAUUUGGACAAUAUGAAGAAGUAGAUAUGUUAAUAUGUCCAUAUCAUAUGCAUAUUAAUAUAUCUACUCUCUCAUAUUUUUACCUUAUAACCUAAUUUUUAUUUGAUUAUUAAACAAAACAAUCAUAUUAAUAAUUCCAUAAUCAUAAAUAUUCAAUCGUAAAAUAACAGUAUAAAGCCGUAAAACUUGUUAUAUCACAAUUAUUAUCAGCAUUGAAAUCAACAAUUUUACCAAUUAAUUUACUCUAUUUUGGUACUACAU